CUUGAUCAUGAGGCAUAUUAAUACUAAAGAAAAAUCUCAACUAAAGAAUGGUAUCUCUUAUAAACAACUGAUAACAAAAAAGAUCUUCAACAGUCAAUGCAGACGAGUAUCUUUAUGCCUGCAGUGGCUUAAAAUUUGAUAUGAGUCAGACUCAGACCGUAUAAUUAUCUCAAAUCUAUUUUUUGAUUUUGUUUCUUUAAACUUAUUAAAAACUUACCUUAUGGCUUCUGACAAGCUUAAUAUCCUUCUCGUGGGCUCAGGUGGUCGUGAGCAUGCUAUUGCCUGGAAGCUUGCCCAGUCUGAAAGAGUUCAGCAUAUCUUUGUUGCUCCUGGUAAUGGAGGUACGGAAAACGGCACCAAGAUCACAAACGUCAAGAUAGGCGUCAGCGAGUUUGACAAGUUGAAGGAUUUCGCUGUUGAAAACAAGAUUGAUCUUGUUAUUCCCGGCCCUGAACAACCUAUUGUCGAAGGUAUUCAAGCUGUUUUCAAGAAAGUGGGUAUUCCCUGCUUUGGUCCUUCUCCAAAGGCCGCUCAAAUGGAAGGAUCAAAGGCCUUCUCAAAAGAUUUCAUGAAGAAGCACAAUAUCCCAACUGCUGCAUACGAGAACUUUACAGAUUACGAAAAAGCUAAAAAGUAUGUUGAAUCAGUGGAUCACAAAGUCGUAUUGAAGGCUUCAGGUUUGGCUGCUGGUAAGGGUGUCUUGAUGCCUGAAAACAAAGAGGAAGCACUUGAAGGUCUUAAGGCUAUCAUGGUCAACAAGGAAUUCGGAGAUGCUGGUUCCGAAGUUGUAAUUGAAGAAUGCCUUGAAGGACAAGAACUCUCUUUCUUGGCCUUUUCUGACGGAUACACCAUCAUUCCUCUUCCUCCUGCUCAAGAUCACAAGCGUGCUCUUGAUGGAGAUAAGGGACCCAACACGGGUGGUAUGGGCUGCUAUGCUCCCACUCCUAUUGGCACACCAGCUCUUAUUGAAGAAGUCAAACGCACCAUCUUACAACCUACCAUCGAUGGUAUGCGUCGUGAUGGCUUUCCCUUUGUCGGUAUGCUUUUCACAGGUAUCAUGUUGACUGCCUCUGGACCUAAGGUCUUGGAAUACAAUGUCCGUUUUGGAGAUCCUGAAACUGAAGUUGUUUUACCUCUCUUGAGUGAUGAUACUGAUUUGGCUGAAAUCAUGAUGUCAUGUGUUGAAGGUCGUCUUGAUGCUGUUGCUAUCACUACCAAGAAUGCUUUUGCUGCUACUGUCAUCAUUGCCUCUGGAGGAUAUCCUGGUAGUUACGCUAAAGGAAAGGAAAUUACUCUUCCUGAAAACACCUCUGACGUUACCGUUUUCCAUGCUGGUACAAAGGUUGUCGAUAACAAGCUUUUAACUGACGGUGGUCGUGUUCUCGCUGUUUCUGCUGUGGCCAACACUUUACGUGAAGCAGUUGACAAAGCCUAUAUUGGUGUUAAAUCCAUCCAAUUCGAAAACAUGUAUUACCGUAACGACAUUGCUCACAGAGCUUUCAAACACGCUGAACAAAACGAUAAGAAGACUGGUCUUUCCUAUGCUGAUGCUGGUGUCUCUAUUGAUGCCGGUAACUUGUUGGUCCAAAAGAUUAAGCCUCUUGUCAAAUCAACUCGCCGUGUUGGAGCCGAUUCUGAUAUUGGUGGCUUUGGUGGUCUUUUCGACUUGAAGGCAGCUGGUUUUGUGGAUCCUAUUUUGGUCUCUGCUACCGAUGGUAUUGGUACCAAGCUCAAGAUUGCUCAAGACUGCAACAUCCACAACACGGUCGGUAUUGACUUGGUUGCUAUGAAUGUGAACGACUUGAUUGUUCAAGGUGCCGAGCCUUUAUUCUUUUUAGACUACUUUGCUUGUGGUAAACUCGAGGUUGACGUUGGCAAAGACUUUGUGGCUGGUGUUGUCGAAGGUUGUCUUCAAUCUGGAUGUGCCCUUGUUGGUGGUGAGACAGCUGAGAUGCCUGGUCUUUAUGCCUUGGGCGACUACGACGGUGCUGGUUUCACUGUAGGUGCUGUCGAACGUGAAAAGAUCUUGCCUCGUUUAGAUCAAAUUAAGGCUGGUGAUGUUGUUCUCGGUUUAGCAUCCUCUGGUGUUCACUCCAAUGGAUUCUCACUUGUCCGCAAGAUUGUUGCCUCACAGCCCGGAUUAACCUACCACUCCCCUUGUCCUUGGAACAAGACCAAGUCCUUGGGUGAAGCCCUUUUGGUUCCUACACGCAUCUAUGUCAAGCAACUCUUGCCUGUUGUCAAGAAAGAUUUGGUCAAAGCCAUGGCUCACAUUACCGGUGGCGGUUUCCUUGAAAACAUUCCCCGUGUUAUGCCAAGUGACCUUGCUGUCAUCAUAGAUGCUGCCUCUUAUGAAUUACCUCCUAUCUUCAAAUGGCUCAAGCAAGCCGGUGGUCUCUCUGAUCACGAAAUGUCUCGUACUUUCAAUUGUGGUAUUGGUAUGGUCAUCGUUGCUGACCCUGCUCACGUACCAGAAAUUACUCGUUUGUUAGAAGAGUCUAACGAAACCGUCUAUAAACUCGGUUCAGUCGUUCCCAAGAGCGAAUUGGGUGGCAAGGAAGUCGAAGUUCGCAAUACAAAUGGUUGGUAAUUUUCUCUAAUAUAGCUCCCUCUUUUUGUGUAUAUAUUUAUAAAAGUAAUUGAAAAACAAACACAUAUAAAUCAUUCUAUUCAUGCGUUUUUGAAUUGAUAAACUAUAAAAUGG